UUACAAAAACGUUAAUAUGCUUUUAUCGAAUGAAAGAAUUAAGUAAACAAUACGUUUUUAGGAUACUGUUAUAAUAGGAAUCCAGGCAUAUGUUUUGGGAUUAGUUAUUAAUUAUUUUGACAACACUUCGGAUUGGAAUGAAUUACGUGCUUAUUUAUCAAUUGCGGGGUUUUUUGGUAUAACUGCAAUUUAUUUAUUUAUCUAUAAUAUUAAUUUCUUCGUAACAGAAGUUUUAAGCAUGAAAUUGAAGAUAGCUUUGUAUACUGUUCUAUAUAGAAAUGCAAUUAACUUAAGUUCUUCGUCUCUGGCAAAAUCAAAUGUAGGUCAGAUGGUGAACCUUCUUGCAAAUGAUGUCAGCAAAUUUUGUAACCACGUCGUUACCGUUUUAUGUUUAUUUACGAAUCCUUUCUUAAUCAUAAUUACAAUAAUAGUAUUGUGGCAGUAUUAUAAAUGGGCCAUUUUUGUUGGAAUGUCAGUAAUAUUUUUAUACAUUCCUAUACAAUUUUUCUUUGGGAAACAUUACUCAAACCUGAGAUUACAAGCAGCUAUAUUGGGAGACAAACGAUUGAAUCUGUUGAAUGAGAUGAUCGCUGGUAUGAGAUUAAUUAAAAUGUACACUUGGGAAUUGCCAUAUGCUGCGUUAAUAGAGAAAAUCAGAAUCCAAGAAAUGAAAAAGAUUAAAAUGUUUAUAUACAUUCGAGGGAUAUCAUUAAUAUUGGGUUAUCCUUUAUCAAGAUUAUUUUCUUCUCUUAUCUUUUUAUCAAUUGUUUUACUUGGUGGUCAAUUAACAGCUCACAUCGUCUUUGUCACUAUGAAUUUUUCGAUAUACAUUUACUUGAGUACUAUUGUGCUGUUUUCUGUAGCAAUUAAUGUCGUUGCAGAGAUUUUUAUUUCAUUGAAGAGAAUUCAGGUGAGUCACUUUCAAUUAGAUCAUAACAGAAUUUUACAUAUAAUGUUGAACAUUAGUAAAGAAGUGUUACUUGAGAUAUCGAGUUUUGCAAUCAUCCAUGAAAAAAUUAUUAAAAACAAUUAGAAUCUAUGUAGAAAU